AUGAAGGAAAAAAACGAAGCUACAGAUAGUAUAAGACCAGUAUCUUCAAUCAGUGGAGAUGAAUUGGAAAAGAACAAAGAAGGCGCGAUUGCAACUUCUGUACACUCCAAGACUAGUGUAGAUGCUUUUACAAUAGCAUACGACGAUAGUGACAUCAAUAAUAUCAACGAUAUCAACAAUGUUGACCGGGCAAUGAAGUUUGCCAUUGAACAUAAGGGUGAGCAGAUUCUGAUAAGCAAAGACGAACUAAAACGUGUUUUACUCAAGAUUGAUCUUUUCAUAUUACCCAUGGUUUGUCUUGUAUAUGCUAUACAGUAUAUGGACAAAACGUCGACAAGUUAUGGUUCAAUCUUGGGGUUAAGGACCAGUUUGCAUAUGGAAGGGAAUAUGUACAGCUGGACCUCCACUUGUUUCUAUCUUGGAUAUUUGGCUUUUGCAUUUGUGCUGGCGUAUUUGCUCCAACGAUUACCGCUUGUCAAAACUGUUUCUGUGUUUAUUGUUCUUUGGGGUGUUAUUCUUGCAUUGUGUGCUGUACCCCAAUACCCUGGCUUUAUUGCCUUGCGAACGAUAUUGGGUGCCUUGGAAUCUUCAGUCACGCCGGCGUUUGCAUUGAUUACGUCGCAGUGGUAUAGACAAGAGGAGCAAUAUUUGCGGACCGCGUGUUGGUUUUCUUCGAAUGGGAUCGGCCAAAUCAUUGGACUGGCUAUUGGAUACGGUUUGUAUAAGAACCAGCAUCUAUACUCUUUACCUGCUUGGAAGUUGGUGUUUGUAAUCACUGGGGUGAUGACAAUUGUUUUAGGCUUUUUGGUGGCAUUGCAUAUCCCCGAUACACCAACCGAAGCAUGGUUUUUGAAUGCAAGGGAAAAGGCAGUGGUUGUUGAGAGGAUAAGAUCAAACCAACAGGGUUUUGGUAAUCCAAGAUUUAAAAAGAGUCAAUUUAUCGAGGCUCUCAAGGACUAUCAUUCUUGGCUAUAUGUGCUUUUUGCAUUGUCAUUUAAUAUACCUAAUGGGGGUAUCACCAGUUUCACGUCUAUUUUGCUUAAUGAAGAUUUUGGAUACAGUACUGAAAAGUCAUUACUCAUGAAUAUGCCUCAGGGUACAAUCAUUAUAGUGUGUUGCCCUUUACUUGCUUAUUUGUCGCAAUUUAUAAAGUCUCGCUUGUUGAUGACAACUGGUGUUACUGCCGUUGCCCUUAUGCUGGCGUGUUUGUUGGCCUUUGCACCAACAAAAGAAGGGCGUUUAGCGGGCCUUUACCUUUUCACGCUCUCACCCAUAGGCUCUAUAUGUAUUUUAUCGCAGAUUGCAUCAUCUGUUGCAGGACAUACGAAGAAAGUAACUGUUAGUGCGAUGUAUUUGAUUGCUUAUUGCGUUGGUAAUCUUAUUGGGCCCCAAACUUUCAUUGCGAGUCAGGCUCCCGGCUACCAAGGUGCAAAGGUAGCUAUUGUUGUUUGUAUUGUUGUGUGCUUGUUCACCUUGAUUGUUAUCUACUUUUCUUUCAGAAGAGAAAACAAGAGGAGAGACUCCCUACCCAAGGUAGAUUUGCAUAUAGAUAAUCACGAGUUUGCUGACUUGACAGAUAGACAAAAUCCACAUUUCAGAUAUGCGUUGUGA